AUGGCGAAGGAACGCUCCGGCAUUGCCGUCGGCUUGAACAAAGGCCAUAAAACCACCGCCAACACAACCAAGACACGCAUCUCGCGGACAAAAGGCCACCUCUCCCGCCGCAUCAAGUUCGUCCGUGAUAUCGUGAAGGAGGUCGCCGGCCUUGCCCCAUAUGAGCGCCGCGUCGUUGAACUGUUGAGAAACGCCCAGGACAAGCGGGCCCGGAAGCUCGCGAAGAAACGGCUCGGAACCUUUGGUCGUGCCAAGAGAAAGGUCGACGAAAUGCAAGGAGUCAUUGCCGAGGCCAAGAGAGCCGGCCACUAG